UGCCCUGGGGGCAGAGUCCAGUGCCCAAGGCGCCUCCGUGACCGGGCGGGUGGCGCAGCGGUGCCGGUGGCAGAGGAGCGGUGCUGGUGGCUGGGGGGCAGUGCCAGCGGCAGGGGGGCAGCGAUGGACGCCCCCCCGGUCUCGCUCCCGGCCCUCAUCCGCAGGAAGCGUGACGGCGAGCGGCUGCGGGAUGAGGAGAUCCAGAGCUUCGUGCGUGGCGUGACCGAGGGCUCCGCGCAGCAGGGACAGAUCGGUGCCAUGCUGAUGGCCAUCCGGCUGCGGGGCAUGGACGCGCAGGAGACGCUGGCGCUGACGCGCGCCAUGGCGGCCUCGGGCCGGCUGCUGGCCUGGCCGCGGGGCUGGCGGGGGCGGCUGGUGGACAAGCACUCCACCGGCGGUGUUGGGGACAAGGUCAGCCUGGCCCUGGCCCCUGCCCUGGCUGCGUGUGGCUGCAAGGUCCCCAUGAUCAGCGGCCGCGGGCUGGGGCACACCGGGGGCACGCUGGACAAGCUGGAGGCCAUCCCCGGCUUCUGCGUCUCCCAGAGCCCUGAGCAGAUGCAGAGCAUCCUGGAGCAGGUGGGCUGCUGCAUCGUGGGGCAGAGCGAGGAGCUGGUGCCGGCCGACCGGGUGCUGUACAGCCUGCGGGACGUCACCGCCACCGUCGACAGCCUCCCCCUCAUCACAGCCUCCAUCCUGAGCAAGAAGGCGGCGGAGCAGAUCUCGGCGCUGGUGCUGGACGUCAAAUUCGGGAGCGCGGCGCUGUACCCAACCCUGGAGAGCGCGCGGGAGCUGGCACAGAGCCUGGUGGCGGUGGGCGAGGAGCUGGGCAUCCGCACAGCGGCCGUGCUGAGCAGCAUGGAGCAGCCCCUGGGGCGCUGCGUGGGCAACGCGCUGGAGGUGCUGGAGGCGCUGCAGUGCCUGGAGGGACGCGGCCCCGGUGACCUCCGGGAGCUGGUGACGGUGCUGGGGGGGCUGCUGCUGUGGCAGUGCGGGAUGGCCCCGACGGCAGAGCAGGGCCAGGAGCGGCUGGCACGGGCACUGGACGACGGCUCGGCCCUGAGCACCUUCGAGGCCAUGCUGGGGGCGCAGGGGGUGCCCCCCGACACCGCCCGCCUGCUCUGCACGGGGACCCCCCAGCAGCGCCGCCAGGUCCUGGGGCAGGCGGGCACCUGCGAGGAGCUGCUGGCGCCCUGCGAAGGCAGGGUGCAGGGGAUCGAGGCGCUGCCGCUGGCCCGCGUGCUGCACGAGCUGGGGGCCGGCCGGACGCGUGUGGGGGACGCCAUCAACCCCCGCGUGGGCGCCGAGCUGCUGGUGGCCGUGGGGCAGCACCUGCGGGAAGGGGAGCCCUGGCUGCGGCUUCACCACGACGGGGGGCUGAGGGCUGAGCAGCGCCAGGCCCUGCAGGACGCGCUGCUGCUGGGCACCGGCACCACCGGCACCGAGACCACCAGCACCACCGGCACCGGCACCGCCGUGUCCCGCAUCGCCGAGACCGUGCUGCCCCGCGGUGCGCCCUGACCCCACACGGGGAUGGUGAUGGUGAUGGUGAUGGUGAUGGUGAUGGUGAGCAGCUGACUUGUGGAAACGGCCCCCGCUGUUGGUGGGGCUGUGGGGUCGCUGUGUUUACCCGGCGCUGGGCAGCCCGGGGGUGCUCCCACCAAAGCCGUGCCCACCCGACGUGGCAGCGUGCCCUGGCUACGUGCAAUAAAGCUCCACACGCGUGGCGUUUCCCAAUGCGCCUGUACUCAUAA